GUUGAUUAAAAAGUAAAAAAGAAUAAAAAAAAGAAGGGGAAAAUCAUAGAGUCCUCUCUGUCUUGGACUGAGAGUAGGGCUUUAGUCUCUCUUUUCACACUCUUCAACGCAUAAAGAGGGCAGCAAACUUUGCAUCUCUGCCCCCUUUUUUUCUCUCAUCAUCAAAAGUUGAAGAAUCAGUGAAGCUGUUGAAUAUAUAUAUAAUGAUGGGAGAAAGAAUCUCACCAGGGAGUUAUUUUCAAUACCCUCCACCUGGUUUCCCUUCAGUUUCUCCUCAUAGACCUUCAUCUAUUACUACAGAUCGUGAAAGAUACUUAGCUGAAUUAUUCACAGAGAAAGAGAAGUUGGGACCUUUCACACAAGUUCUUCCUCAAUGCACCGGGCUUCUUAAUCAAGAGAUCAGAAGGGUCUCAGGUUUUAGUCCAAGUUUAUUAGAUCAUGAGAGAUUUGAGCAUGAUAGUCCUAUUAGGUCAUUUGGUCAUCAUCCCAAUGGAAGACAAAUGGAUUUGGAAGGAUGGUCCAUAAUGCAAACAGAGGAAAAUGGACAUCUGCAACGAGUUGCUCCGGUUCAAGCUGCAUCAAUGGGUUGGCCUGGUUUGCCAGGAGCUCCAACAACACCGCUUGUAAAGAAAGUUGUUAGACUCAAUGUACCUGUGGAUCAAUAUCCUAGUUAUAAUUUUGUUGGUCGAAUAUUGGGACCACGAGGAAACUCCCUAAAGAGAGUUGAAGCUGUGACUGAGUGUAGGGUGUACAUAAGAGGCAAAGGCUCUGUCAAGGAUUCUGUUAAGGAAGAGAAACUAAAAGAUAAACCUGGAUUCGAACACCUUAAUGAGCCGUUGCAUGUGUUGGUGGAGGCUGAACUUCCCGAAGAUGUGAUAAAUUCUCGUUUGGACUACGCUGUUGCCAUACUUGAAAAUCUUCUGAAACCUGUGGAUGAAUCCUUGGAUAACUAUAAGAAACAACAGCUUAGGGAGUUGGCUUUACUAAAUGGUACAUUAAGGGAAGAGAGUCUGAGAAUGAGCCCGACUAUGAGCCCUAGUAUGUCGCCCUUUAACGGUACUGGAAUGAAACGAGCCAAGACAGGAAGAUGACCCUUAUGGUGACAGGAUGUUGAGUCAAGAAGAGCUAGUCAAACUCGCUACUCGGUUUCGAGCAACGAUGGUCCACUUCUAGGUUGUCCUUCUCCAUUGAUCCCUUUUGUUUCAUAUAUCAAUCCCCUAUCAACAUAACUUUAGUUAAAAAUAACCUAUGCCCUAAUUAUUUUAGCCAAAAACCUCUACUAUAGUUGGAAGAUUCUUCUCACCUACAGUCAUACAUAUGCAGCCUCUACUAUAGUUGGAAGAUUCUUCUCACCUACAGUCAUACAUAUGCAGCAUUCUCUCUUGGUGAUAAUUACUAUUAUUAUUUAUUAUAAGAUAAAAUCAUUGUAUUGUAUUUUGACUUAAUAAUAAGUUUUUUUUUUCGAAGUCUCAUCGUGUAGUUGAGAUAGUUUAGACGGAUGAACUUCUUUAUGCUUCUAUUCAUGAAAAUGAAAUGGCUAUGACAGAUGCUUGAAAGAA